AUGUUAAUUAAUCAUCACAGUUAUUUACUGGCAUUGGUUUUGUUACCGAUUGCUUUGGCUGAUAAUUUGGUACUCUAUUUUCCUGUGAAUCCAUCAGUGCCCGUACCUGAAUCCCAACAAGACUUUGAUCAAAAUGCACCGCCAAGGGUGUUAUCUCGAGAUCCGGAUAUGCCAUCAACAGGUAUUGUGUUCAUCAAAAAGACAGCCAAGCAUUCGGCACCAACUCAGUUCACUGGUGAUUGGAAAGUUUCGUCAAAUACACAGACUGACUUCAAUUCAAAAUUUGUGAUUGGUAUUGCCUCUCAUGGCCACUUUUUCCCGAAUAAUUUAACCAUUGGGUUUCCCUAUCUUCCUAGAGGCGUUUGCGCUCACCUGAGAGCCGUUCCGUUGUGCAGCCGUUAUGUGUCAUGCGGGCAACGUGACUGA